AUGGCUUCAGGCGCCAUGGCCGAGAGAUCCGAGCCGCUCGUUGGGGAAAAUGCAGAAGCCGAGCAGAGUUUCUACAAAAACGAGAUCAAGACCAUGUGUGGCAUUGGAUGGCCGAUGCUGAUCAGCUUUUUCUGCCGAUUCGGCAUGGCUUCAGAAGACUCCGCCUUCGUAGGGCACAUCGCCUCCACGGCGAAGUUCCUCACCACCGGACACAGUGUUCUCAGCAUCGGGGCCUCCCUCCUGGGCUACGGCUUCCUAGCCGCCAAGGGCGCGGCCGAAGGCGCCCUGGGCUAUGGGCCCAUGGACUACCUGGCGGCUGCGGGGCUCUCUGACAUGGUCACGAACAUCCUGAUCAUCCCCCCCUUGGCCUUCAACCAAAGCCUCAAUGCCCUCGUGAGCCAGGCCAUGGGAUCGGGGAAUAAGAAGAUGGCGGGGACCUGGUUGCAGCUCUCGGUCCUCUGGCUGACUUUGGGCUAUUCGGUGACCUUGGCCUCCUUCUUCUUUGUCUCCCCCAUGCUGAAGCUCCUGGGCUUCUCCUCGGAUGUCUGUGAGCUUGCCGGGAUGUAUGCCAAGUACAACGUCUUCUGGCCCAUCCCAAACGGCUGGUACCAGUGCAUGCGCUUCUACUUCCAGGCGCAGGGCAUCACCAAGCCCGCCAUGUACAACAACAUCAUCUUCCUGGCGGUGAAUGCCCUGCUGAACUGGGUGCUUGUCUUCGGUGGGCCUUUCAGGGCCUGGGGAUGGUAUGGCUUCGGCUUCAUCGGGGCGGCUCUCUCCCUGAGCUGUUCGAGGACUUUGCAGCCGCUGGCCUACUGGCUCUACAUGUUCUGGUGGCGCAAGGCCCACCUCGACACCUGGCCAUCCUUGUCCCAGAAGACCUACCUGACGAAGGAGCAUGUGAAGAACUUCAUGGCCAUGUCGUUGCCGCAGAUGGGCACGCUCAUUUUCCAAGCCGUCGUUGGCCAAGCCACCACGCUCAUGAUCGCAAAGCUGGGAACAGAGGCGGUUGCGGCAAGCUCGGCGGCGGCAGCUGCGACAAUGGUGUUUACCGGCGGCCUCUCUCCCACACUUUCGAUGGUUGGAGGUAUGCGAGUUGGAUACUACUUGGGUAAGGGGCAGGCAGAGCAUGCCAGGCGUGUUGGGAUGCUCGCGCUGCUUCUUGGGGCCAUGCUGACGACAGCCAUCGCUGCUGUCUACCUUCCUUUCGGGAAGUACAUCUUGCAUGUGGUGACCAAAGACGAGAAGGUUGAUGUGCCAGCAACGACCAUCCUCCCAGCCAUCAUGAUGAAUCUGAUUGCCUCCAUCAUGGUAUCCGUGGGCACCCAGGGGAUCUUAACGAGCCAGGGCCGCACCAAGGCGGUCACACUUCUGUCGAUGGGAUUUGACCUUCCCUUCUCGGUGGGCUCCACAGCCCUGAUGGUCUUCUACUUUCAGGCCAGCCUGAAUGUGGUCUACUGGGUUCAGGCAGCGGUUUCCUUCGUGGAGGCUGCGGUGAUCCUGGUCAUCAUCCGCUGGAGCGACUGGGCGGGUCUGGCGCGUCAGGCGCGCAGCCGCCAAGGAAUGGACCGGCCUCAGGAUGAUGCAGAAGCUGGGGGCAUCUCCGCCAGCGACAUCCCGGAGGAUCUCCGGGCGAGUGGCAUCUCCUUGCAGCCUCCAGCGGACAAGGACACAGGGACAGAAGCGAACCCUGCGACCCCUUCUCUUAUGGGAGGCUGA